AUGUCGGCUCAAAGGAAAGCAGCAGAUGAGGAGAACAAGGAGGUUUUCUCAGAGGAGGAGGAGGAGGACUUAGAAGAGGCACUGAGGGAGGCUGCCUCCACCACGGCUGCCAGAACAAAGUCUGGACUGUCCAAACAACAAGUCAUCCCCAAAAUCCCAGAAGUGGUGGAUGACUUCCUGAGGAACUUCCUCCGAAGAUCUGGCCUGAGCCGGACCCUGAACAGCUUUGAGGCCGAGUGGUACAGCUCAGCACAGAAGCUCCUGACAGAAACCCUGAUGCCAGAAACGCCAACAACAGGCAUCUUCUUCAUCCCUGAUGCUCUCACACACAGGCAGCUCCUCCACAGCGAGCUGGAGAGGAUCUGCAGAGAGACACACCUGCUCAGACAGGAGGUGCUGGCAGCAGGGGAGAGCAUGGUGAGGAUGCAGAGGGAGAGAGAUUUCCACCGGCUGCAGUACCGACAUGUUGCGAAGGACAAAAACAGGCUGAUUGAGGACUUCAAACAGCUGAAGAAACACCUGGAGUCCUAUGAGCCAGCGCUGAGACAGCUGGAUGACAAAUAUCAAGCUGCUCUGAGGCAGAAAAUGCUCAUCAGUUUAGAAAAAGACAGAGUUCAAAACAGCUCAGAGGCAAGACUGAAUCAUGAAAAAACCCAAAUCAAGAAAGAGAGAAGCAUCACAAGGAGUGACAACACUGAUAAAGCAAAAAGCCCCAAAACUAGACGUCCAAAGUCUUCACAGUUUCCCAUCUGCAGCAGGCGAGUCAGCCCCAACCUGGAUCACCCCAGAUCCCUCAGCCUGUCCUGCUCCAUCAGAGCUCACAAGCUUCCCAUCAGCUGCAUCAGUCUCCAUCCACGAAAACUGAUCCUUUCCUCCACCAGUGACGACCACAGCUGGAGGCUGUGGGUGCUGCCUGUUGGUCAGAUGCUGCUCACAGGUGAGGGUCACUCUGAUUGGCUGUCUGGCUGCAGUUUUCACCCUGAUGGGUCAAAAUUGGCAACAACCAGUGGAGACACAACAGUGCGGCUCUGGGACUUGUGUCAGGGCUGCUGUGUGUCGACACUGUCCAGUCACAGCCAGCCCACCUGGGGCUGCUCCUUCCACUCCUGCGAUCACUUCAUGGCUUCCUGCUCUGCUGACAGAACUGUCAAACUGUGGGACCUGAACAGCCAGUGCUGCUGCCUCACUCUGCGCCGCCACACCGCCUCCGUCAACAGCGUCUGCUUCCUGCCCUUCUCCAACCUCCUCCUCACCUGCUCAGCCGACAAAACCCUCGCCCUGUGGGACGCCAGGCUGAGCGUCUGCACCACCACCCUCAGUGGACACCUGCAUCCCUGCAACCACGCUGCCUUCAGCCUGGCUGGUGACAUCAUGGCCUCCUGUGACUCCCACGGCAUUGUCAACCUGUGGGACAUUAGGAGGCCUGUGUCGGCAGUGGCCACUGUGGAUGCUGGACCGCUGGGUGCCAACCACGUGGUGUUCAGCCCAUCAGGGCAGACACUGGCGGUCGCGAGCAGUGACAGGCUGGUCAGACUUGUGGAGGUGGAUUCUUGUGCAGUGAGCAGCCUGUCAGGACACAGUGAUGGUGUGCAGAGCGUGACCUUUGACCACAGCGGUGAUACUGUGAUGUCAGCAGGGAGCGACGGGCUGAUCAACGUGUGGUCAGAACAUAAGGAGGCGGUUACUGAAACCAGCUGA